AUGCCAAAAGCAGAUAAGAAGACGUUUCAUAAAAACAAGCCAGAUCCUACCGGAAGUGCGCAAAUCAACAAAGUUUUCAAAUUUAACACUGAACUUGGUCAGCAUAUCUUGAAAAAUCCACUCAUUGCUCAAGGAAUUGUGGAUAAAGCACAGAUCAAGCCAUCAGAUGUCGUUCUCGAAAUUGGUCCCGGUACUGGUAACUUGACUGUUCGUAUAUUAGAGCAGGCAAGGAAGGUUUAUGCUAUCGAAGUCGAUCCAAAAAUGGCGGCAGAACUAACCAAGCGUGUACAGGGUACCCCAUUAGAAAAAAAGCUAGAGAUUAUCAUGGGUGACUUCAUGAAAUUAAAAGACCUUCCUUACUUCGACGUUUGUAUUUCGAAUACCCCAUAUCAAAUCUCGUCGGGUAUAGUUUUCAGACUUUUGGAAAUGCCAAGGCCUCCCAGAAUAGCAGUCUUAAUGUUCCAGCGAGAGUUUGCACUGAAUUUAACCGCCAGACCAGGCGAUUCAUUGUACAAUAGAUUGAGUGCAAAUGCACAGAUGUGGUCCAACGUCAAGCAUGUGAUGAAAGUGGGCAAGAAUAACUUUAGACCUCCACCAAAGGUUGAAUCCAGUGUGGUUAAGAUAGAGCCAAAAUUCCCAAAGCCAAAUAUUGAUUACAAUGAAUGGGACGGCUUAUUAAGAUUUUGUUUCAAUCGGAAAAACAAGACCUUAAAUUCUAUUUUCAAGAACAACAAAAUUUUAGACAUCUUAGAGAAAAACUAUAAGACGUAUUUACAGCUUCUAAGUGAGCAGAAAGGAGACAUGAUAUAUGAUGAUAGCGCAGAUUAUGGUGAAAUAGUGAAACAGAAUGUCAGUAAAGUCAUGGAGGAAACCGGAUUUGGAGAUAAAAGAUCUUCCAAACUCGAUCAGACUGAUUUCUUAAAGCUAUUGUACGCAUUCCACCAAGUUGGAAUUCAUUUUGCAUAG